UUUUGUUGAUAAUGUAGUUCCACCAGUAGAUGGCCUUCCAAUGUUUUUUUGUUUUCAAAUCUAAAAAAUAGUAAAUAUUCAAUUUGUUGAUAUGUGAUUAAUCCUUGUUGUUUCGCCUGAGAUUGGAUUAUUUAUAGUAUUUAUCGUAUUUAUUUCUUAAUUUUAUCAUUUCUAACUGCUAACAAUCAUGGAGGCUUCUUCAUCGAAUCGUUCCUAUUUCUGUAAAAACUGUAGCCAGCCUUUGAUAAUACACUCAUCUUUAUCUCAAAUUGAUGGUUCAACAUUAAGUGAGCUUUCUGGAAAUCUAGAUCUUGAUGGACAUAUCGCCACAACAGGUGAAUUGAGUCAAACUGGAGACUCUGAAUAUGAUGAUAACAGUUCAGGUUUGGAAGAGCAUCAGAGUGCCAGUAAUAGCUUUUUGAUCAUCGGUGAUUCAAUGUUAGAAACUAAGUCACAUGAUUUGGCAAUUCGUGAAAUGUUCGAUAUGGGACACGAUAUGAGGAUCACUAGUAAACUAUUUGACAUACUCUCUGAUAAAUCAAUCGUUGAUCAUCCUUUGUGUGAAGACUGUGCUGACUCAUUAAUCGACAAAAUGGACCAAAAACUUAAAACACUUGAAGAGGAGUGUAAGGUGUACCGAGAAUGCCUUGGAAAAUUAGAGAAGAAGACGAAAAAUGAUAAUCCAGAAUCUAAUCUGGAGCACCUACAACAGCGCGUUAUUCAGCUACAAUUAGAAGAAAAACGAUUGAUCGAAGAAUUGACCAAAGUUGAAGCACAAAAGAAAAAGUUUGAUGAAAAGAUUCAAGCUCAAGAAGCAGAAAUCAAUGUUUUAUUGGAAGAGAAAGAUAAAUUCAAAAGAGAGCACAAUUAUCUAAAAAAGACUCUUUUUGAAAUCGAUGAUGAAAGAUUGAACGUUGAAAAUUCCAAAAAAUAUAUAACAAGACAUCUCGAUAUAUUACGCAAAACCAAUGUUUUCAACGCGACCUUCCACAUUUGGUAUAGUGGACACUUCGGUACUAUUAAUGGAUUCCGCUUGGGACGGCUACCAAAUCAUCCAGUUGAUUGGACGGAGAUAAACGCUGCUUGGGGUCAAACUACUCUGCUAUUGUUUGCUCUUGCUAGAAAAAUUAACCUAACUUUUGAAAGAUACAGAUUGGUUCCCUAUGGUAACCAUUCAUUCAUUGAAACCUUAGAGGAUAAACCAAAAGAGCUUCCUUUAUAUGGAUCUGGUGGCUUUAGAUACUUACUCAAUAACAAAUUUGAUCAAGCUAUGAUAGCUUUUCUUGAUUGUAUGUCUCAAGUCGUUGCAGAAAUUGAAAGAGUCGAUAAAUCCUGGUAUUGUCCAUACAGAAUGGACAAAGAAAAGAUAGAAGACACAAAACGAAACAAUUGCUAUUCUAUUAGAAUCCAAUAUAAUUCGGAGGAGGAAUGGACCAAAGCAUUGAAAUAUAUGCUUACAAAUCUGAAAUGGAUAUUAACUUGGGUGGCUCGACCUGAAACAAGUGAAAGAUGUGACUCCAGCGUUUCCACCACUAAAUAAGACAUCAAAAAUUGUCGAUUUAGACAGCUAAAACAGAGGCCAAAAACCCAAGUGAUAUAAUGAGGAGAAAAAAAAUUAUCCAUUAAUUUAUACGUCAACCAAGGAUAGGCGAGCCAAAUAAAGCCUGAGAACGUUGGUUUACCAUUUUAAACAAAAGCAUUCAACUCAAGUUGAUUUCAUUACAAAUAAUUGUCCCUCCUCACAACAAACCGAUAAUUUUGUGAAAUCCUUCAAGUUCAAGCAUAAUUACAUUUUUAUUGAUCUCAUUAAUUGAGUGAAAGAUAAACGUUUUUUCAUCUAUUUUUCAUAGACAAAAA